CGAUAAUGUCAAUGUCACUUGUCAAAAAUUUUUCAUGUGAGAAAUUGAAAAUAUUUUCAAAUUCCACUUAAUAUAUUUGAAGUUUUGAAAUUGUAUUAGAAUAAGCAAUAAUGUCGUUUCCUACGAAAGAGGAACGAACGAAAUGCUGGAACGCCAGGGAUAGAUAUUGGGAAUGCCUGGAUAGCCAUUCGGUAAAGUCCGAUAAUUUGAAAGAUGUAAAAGUUUGCACGGAGUUGAGGAGUCUUUACGAAAGCGCUUGUACUGCACAAUGGGUUAAACAUUUCGAUAGAAAGAGGAAUUAUCUGGUCUUCAAGGAACGGAUAGAAAAAGACGGUUUUGAGCCACUGAACAGCGUAAAGUGAACUAUUAUGUGAUUUUUACCAGUGUACAUAUUUGUUUUUUAGUUGAAUAGAUUGAAAUUGUUAGGUCA